UAGCUUAGCAUCGUGUAUUUUGAUAAGGCCAGAGGAUGAACAAAUGUUGUAAAGUGCAGCGUUGUUGUUUAUAGUGCUUACUUUUGAAAUGUGGAGUGUUUUUUGACCUUAAAAUACCGCAACAUCCGGCAUUCACGGUAUUGUUUAUGGUGGUGCUAACUGAAGCUAGUUCGUUUCUACAAUGCUAUCUGAAUUAUUGCAAGGAACAGAUGGUGGUGUUUUUGUGGUAAUACAAGAUUUUGUGAGUUACUGUGGUCGACAACUCCUGUGGAGCUUCAUCAAUGCUGCAUUAGCCAGGGAUGAGCAUGUCCAUGUCCUUGGGUUCGAAAUCAGCGAGAAAGAGCUCAAAGACUCAUUGAAAGGAUCGGAGGUUGAAAGGCUCCACUUUCAUAAUGCUUACAUCGACCCCCUUGGCUGGUCUGAUCACCCGGCUUUCACAGUCCAUCAGUUCACCGUGAGUGAACUUACACAUCUUGUUAAGAAAACGCAACAACCCAAACCACCAACAUUAGUGAUUGACUCUCUGUCAUCGAUUCUGAGACAUCACAGCACUUCUGCCGUGUGCGACACUCUACAACGGCUUAAAAAAGGAGGAGCUGUGAGAGCAAUAAUCGGUCUUCUGCAUGUAGAUAUGCAUCAGCGAGGUACGGUGGGAAGUCUGUGCCAAUUGUCCACUUCAGUCAUCACAGUGGAACCCAGCCUGAGAGGAGAUGAAGCAGCAGCCAAGAUAACGAAACGAUCAAAGUCGGGGAAGGUUAUGCAAGAUGAAGAAGUUUUUAGUAUCAAAGAGGAUCUUAGUGUGAUCGUGCAGACCAAACCCAGUCAACUUGCACCCAGACAGGCUGGCCUAGAGGAACCGCAGAUGGACCCAACAGCCAACUUGACCUUCAACCUUCUAUUGUCGGACAAAGAGCGUGAAGCCAAAGAAAGGCUGACACUUCCUUUUGCCUUCAGUGAUGAGAAGAAAACAGCUCUUCUUCACUCAGGCCCGGGUUCAGGGCGUAUUCUGUAUGAGCCCGAUGUCAGUGAUGACUACGACCAGGAGGAUCCUGAUGAUGAUCUUGAUGUCUAACUUUAGGGUACUAAACCCAGUAUUGGCCUUUUCUAUUUUUUUUUUCUUUCUUUCAUUGACACCACCUAAUGUUGCUCCAAAGACAGGAACUCUCAAUAAUAUGUGUACUAUUUGGGAGGACUUUAGACCCCCUUUCCUUCUGCUGUUAAUUCUCUUGGUUUUCUACAGUUUUUAAAUUGUUGAAUAAAAUGUGCUUAAAUCCUUUAUCUCAUCAUGUAUUGAAUACUUUCAUUUUAAUAAUACUUAUUGUUCUUUUAUUUUGCAUUAUGAAUUCUGUAAUGAAUUUUCCCAAGGAGGAUAAAGCAAUUUCUGUAAGAUCAUCUACAGUACAUUAUCAUCUACAUUGUCGUUGUGGGGUAUUGAGUGUGGAAUUUUGAGGGGGGGAAAAAAAAGUGAAUUUCACCCAUUUUGGUAUAAGGCUGUAACAUAACAAAAUGUGGAAAAAGUUAAGUGCUGUGAAUACUUUCCAGCCGCAUGGUAUUUGUGAUAUUUUGGAUCUGGGUGCAGAGCUGUACCAUGUGGAUUCCAAAAUGACAUGUCUCUACUGUGUUCAAGAAAAAUUCUGGAAUUCUAAAUUUAGAUUUCCUAAAAGGUCCCUCAGUCGCUAUGCUUUAAAAUUUUCUCACAUCUUUGCUGACACAAGAACCGCCUCUCUGGGAAAUUUUGUCAAAAUCUUUCCUUGCUUUGCGAGAUAUACAGAUAUAUAAGCUCCACCCUCUCCAUUGGCUGGCAUUGUGGGACGUUAUUUUGCAAAGCUCAUCCAACUGAUUGCAAGACCCUCAAUGUGGGACAAAAUUUGUUCCAAUAUAUGCUGCAAUUUUUCCUGGUGUACGAAAUGCCAGAAGCACAAAAAACUCCCCAAACA